AGAAUAUUGUUCUUGUUAUAAAAUGUAUAUUGCACGGAUGCACACAUGCAACCACCUGAAGUAAUUUAAUCUUAAGUUGCCUUAGAAGAGACAGGGCCAGUCCGUUACUCUAGAUUUUUCAUUUUGGGGUAUUUCCUUGGCCUUUGAUAUCCAUUCACCCGCAGUGUGUUAGACCCACAAAGCUAGGUGACAUGGCAGGUGUAAAAAUCGUUAUGAAUGUAGACUUGACACAGUCACAUUUUAUACGACUAGACAUCACUAAUCUAUGCCAUGUUGUUUUCCAAGUGACAUCUUAGGAAUAUAGGCUACUAUUAAGGAUGCAAGACCUAGUAAUACAUACAUGUACAGGAGCGACGGAAGGUUACGAAAUUUGAGGGCUCUGAGGCAGCGGAAGCAGUACCCCGGAUCAUCAGCCAGGGGCCGCCAAGGGCCCCGAAAGCCCUCACCGUCUACAUUGCUGAGCAUAAGAAGAAUACUCUCUCUGAACUGAACACAGAGUGAAAACCAGAAGUCAGCUUCAUCAGUCAGUUCUUGUUGCCAUUAAUGAAAUGGAAGAGGAUGUGUAUUCCAGAGAGAAUGAACCUGGUGCAAAUAACAUUAUCCCAGCAUGUCUAGAUGACAUCCCAAGAGGAACCUGUACUACCACUGACCCAAUGCUGACCUGUGCUGAAGAGAUUCUUCUUCCCGAUAUUGACCUUUACCUGGAGUGCAUUGAUGACCCGCAAUAUGUGAUUCCUGAAAAACUUAACCUGGGUUCACAUGCACUUAUUGGUCAAAAUGUGCAGUGGAAAAUCUCUUUCCCUGCUGGACAGAUAAGUAAACAAGACACACCUUUGCCUGGCUUCAGUUGCAUUGAGUGCACAAAAGUCUUUCGUAAGGAAAACCUACUCAAGCAACACCUGAUUUCAAAACAUGGAAAGUCUGUCACUUUCACUUGCGACACCUGUGACUUUUCUACUAACUCUAAUAGAAACCUUCUCAGGCAUAGUAGACGGGUCCAUCAUAAAAAGACUUGUAAGGAGGCUGAUGAUGUGAAUGAGUUAGCUGCCAUCUCCUGCCCAAUAAAAUUAUCAGAAAGUCCAACACUUUUAUAUCAGAAUAAAUUUCAUGAAUUAGCAAAAGCUGAAAACAAACAUGGUGUAAUACCUCUAGUUGUCAAGUCAGGGUACCAAGGUAAUGUGACCCAAAGUUCUUCCAGCCUUUACUCUUUGGCUUUAGAUUUAGAUCUCCCAGCUUCAAGUGAUGUAACGAACUCUUUUGAAAAACAGUAUUUGGCAGAUAAGUGUGAACAAACAUCCAGUGUCAUUCCACCAUCAGUGCCUGGAGCCACAGUUAAUAAGUGUAAAUCAUGGGCUUGCACAGACAUCAGUUUUAAAUGCACUGAAUGUCAAUUUGCAUGUGUUGGAAAGGAGAAAUCACUACUCCAUGUGCACAAAAUGCUAGUGUCUUGUGGUAUUUGCAGUAAAUUGUUUGUAUCGAUAGACAGAUAUUAUAAACAUGAAGCUUACGUCCACCAUGGAGAUUCCCCUAAACUAAAAGGUUGCCCAUAUCCGGAUUGUAAGGAGGUGUUUAAACUGAACUUUGACCUGAAUGACCAUAAACAUUCUGUUCACUCUACUACAACUUACAAAUGUGAUGCAUCUGGCUGCAAUAAAUCAUUCAAGUCGGCAAGACAGCUACAAAAGCACGAAGUGUUCCACACUGGCAUCCAUUCAUGUUCGUGGAAAGGCUGUGGUAAAAGUUUUAGAGACAAGUAUAAUUUACAGACUCAUUACUCAGCUCAUGUUGGAUGUAAAGCUCGACAGUGCCCCCAUUGCCCAUACUCCUGUGUGCAGAAGUCCUCCAUGAACUGGCAUAUGAAGAAGAAGCAUCCCGAUGUUAAAGAAAGGCCAUUCUGCAUGCAAGAUGACAUUAGCUCUAUCAUUAAGACUGUCCAUGUAGAAAUUAUUAAAGAAAGUUGAGUCUGUGUUUGCAAAAUCACUAAAAUUGCUGUAUGUUGCAUCUUUUAUUUAUUCUUAUUAAAAAUGCAUGUUUUAUCUGUCUUUGUUCUGAGCUUCUAUAAUGAGUGGUGUUAUAUUCCUUACAAGUUAACAGGGGACUCCCCAUGUCAUAAGGUCUAUAAUGAUAUACAAACAGUUUUUUAGCAAACAUUUAGAUUUGUGAGUAGCUAGGCUUUCAGUGCACAGUCUCUUGCGCAAGCACUGACAAGUUAUAUGAUGGCAUUUGAGAUUUAAAAUGUGAAGGAUGCACACUGUAUGACCGGUGUAGAAACAGGUCAUGGUUGAGUGGUAAAGAUGCUUGUCUUUGUAUUGUUA